GUCCCCCCCACCCCAGCUGAAUAGGCUGCGUUCUCUUGGAACGCGCCGCAGAACGAGGUUCUGGUGACCCUAGCCGCGUUCCCUCCUUAGUCCUUUCGCCUACCCACCCGCGUACCCGACAGACCCACCCCGUCCUGUGCCAGGAAAGCGCUGCCACCGGCACCAUGCCCCACCCAUACCCAGCACUGACCCCGGAGCAGAAGAAGGAGCUGGCUGACAUCGCUCACCGAAUUGUAGCUCCGGGCAAGGGCAUCCUGGCUGCAGACGAGUCCACUGGAAGCAUUGCCAAGCGCCUGCAGUCCAUUGGCACCGAGAACACCGAGGAGAACAGGCGCUUCUACCGCCAACUGCUGCUGACUGCCGAUGACCGUGUGAAUCCCUGCAUUGGAGGGGUGAUCCUUUUCCACGAGACACUGUACCAGAAGGCAGAUGAUGGCCGUCCCUUCCCCCAAGUUAUCAAGUCCAAGGGUGGUGUUGUGGGCAUUAAGGUAGAUAAGGGUGUAGUGCCCCUGGCUGGAACCAAUGGCGAGACCACUACUCAAGGGCUGGACGGGCUGUCUGAGCGCUGUGCCCAGUAUAAGAAGGAUGGAGCCGACUUUGCCAAGUGGCGCUGUGUGCUAAAGAUUGGGGAGCAUACUCCCUCGUCCCUCGCCAUCAUGGAAAAUGCCAAUGUUCUGGCCCGUUACGCCAGCAUCUGCCAGCAGAAUGGCAUUGUACCCAUUGUGGAGCCUGAAAUUCUCCCUGAUGGGGACCAUGACUUGAAGCGCUGCCAGUAUGUAACUGAGAAGGUACUGGCAGCUGUCUACAAGGCUCUGAGUGACCACCAUGUCUAUCUGGAAGGCACACUGCUGAAGCCCAACAUGGUCACCCCUGGCCAUGCUUGCACCCAGAAAUUUUCCAAUGAGGAAAUUGCCAUGGCAACCGUCACAGCACUUCGUCGAACAGUGCCCCCUGCCGUCCCUGGGGUCACUUUCCUGUCUGGAGGGCAGAGUGAGGAAGAGGCAUCCAUCAACCUCAAUGCUAUCAACAAGUGUCCCCUGCUGAAGCCAUGGGCCUUGACUUUCUCCUAUGGCCGAGCCCUGCAGGCCUCUGCUCUAAAGGCUUGGGGUGGGAAGAAGGAGAACCUGAAGGCAGCCCAGGAGGAGUACAUCAAGCGAGCCCUGGCCAACAGCCUCGCUUGUCAAGGAAAGUACACUCCAAGUGGCCAGUCUGGAGCCGCAGCCAGUGAAUCUCUCUUCAUCUCUAACCAUGCCUACUAACCAGAGCUGAUCUAAGGCUGCUCCAUCGACACUCCAGGCCCCUGCCUACCCACUUGCUAUUGAAGAGGGGCCUUCAGGCUCUUUCCCAUCACUCUUGCUGCCCUCGUGUGUGCAGUGUUGUCUGUGAAUGCUAAAUCUGCCAUCCCUUCCAGCCCACUGCCAAUAAACAGCUAUUUAAGGGGG